AUGGCAUCGACAACUAUUCCAUCUAUCAUAGCUGGUCAGGAUGUGUUUGACACUGAUCUUAUACAUCCUGUCUACAGUCAUGAGGAUACAAACGAAGUGAUCCAUACUUUUAGCUACAUACAAGUGUCUCCAGACAUUAUAAACCAACUUGCAGAGAAUUCCAAAAGUGGGUUCAAAGAGUGGUCAAACACACCAGUUUCUAAAAAGAAAGAAAUUUUCUACAAAUGUUUAGAGAUAUUGAGAGAAAAGAAAAAUGAGUUUAUUGACACACACAAAGAAAUAGGAGGCCCUGAUUGGUUUGCUAAUGUCAAUAUCGAUGGUGCUAUUGCUCAACUUGAAGAAUAUAUUGGAAAUUUAUCUAACUCAGAAGGUGAAUUGUUUCAUUCAGAUCACAACCAAUUGGCAUUGACAGUCAGACUGCCAAUUGGACCUGUGCUUUCUAUUGCUCCGUGGAAUGCGCCAGUGAUUUUGGGUGCUAGAAGUAUUUUUGCUCCAUUAGCAGCUGGUUGUUCUGUAAUAGCCAAGUCUCCAGAAAAGGCUCCACGUGCCAUGUAUUUGUUAGUCAAAUACUUGAUUGAAGCCGGUGUUCCUGCGAAUGUCUUACAGUUGGUUCAUUUGAAACCAGAAGAUAAUCCAAAGUUUCUAGAUGCUUUAUUAGCUACAGGGGCUAUAAAGAAAAUCAACUUCACCGGAUCAACAUUGAUCGGGAAGAAAAUUGCUUCUACUGCUGCUAAAUACUUAGUUCCCUGUUUAUUGGAGUUGGGUGGCAAGAAUGUUUCAAUUGUUUGUCAAGAUGCUGAUAUUACAAAAGCUGUGGGCAAUAUAAUUUGGAGUGCAUGGACACAUAAGGGACAGAUAUGUAUGAGUACCGACAGGGUGUUCAUACAUGACACAAUUUACAAUGAUUUUAAACUGAAAUUGAUUAAAGUUGCCUCUGAAAUGGUCCAGGACCCGGACUAUUCAAUUGCACAUCGUGAUCCCCUUGGGGCUAAUAAAGUGAAGGAAUUACUCAAUGACGCAUUACAAAAGGGUGCUUCUUUGGUUUUUGGUAAUCCAGAUGACUCAGAAUUGAAGAGAAAUAAUGUUGUCUCCCCAAUGAUUUUGGAAGGUGUAACACCAGAAAUGAAGCUUAAUGACACCGAAAGCUUUGGACCAAUUUUCGCUAUAGAAAAGUUUACCGACGUCAAUAAUGUGGUUGAUGUAGUGAACGAAAGUGAUUUUGGAUUGAAGGCAUCUAUUUGGUCUUCCAAUUUAAUGAAUGCUAUUGACUUGGCCAAAAGAAUUGAAUGUGGUGGGGUUCAUAUCAAUAAUUCUAGUAUCGGCGAUGAAUCUCAUCUUCCGCAUGGUGGGGUAAAAGCAAGUGGAAGUGGUAGAUUUAAUAGUAAAUGGGGGAUUGAUGAGUUUCUGUUCAUCAAAACUAUAACUGCUAAUCCUUGA